ACACGGAAGCGGCAACAUCGAAAGCAGUUUGAAUAAACGCACGGUGCUUCUUGUGUAUCUCCUUAUUACUGAAACUAUUAUCGUUUGAUAAAUUGUGUGGUGUGUUUUGCACACAAUGUCUGGAAUUCCUCCGGACACGUGGGAGCCUCCCACUGUUGCACUCGAGACAACGAUGGGGACAAUGGUAUUGGAGCUCUACUGGAGACAUGCACCCAAAACUUGCAAGAACUUUGCAGAGCUGGCUAGAAGAGGCUACUAUAAUAAUACGAAGUUCCAUAGGAUAAUACAGAACUUCAUGGUGCAGGGCGGUGACCCAACAGGCACAGGUAGGGGUGGUGCCUCCAUAUAUGGCAAGCAGUUUGAAGAUGAGCUGCACCCAGAGCUCAAAUUCACAGGUGCUGGCAUCAUAGCUAUGGCCAAUGCAGGACCAGAUUCCAAUGGCAGCCAGUUCUUCCUCACUCUCAGACCCACUCAGUGGUUGGACGGAAAGCACAGCAUCUUUGGAAGAGUGCAUCAGGGCAUGGGAGUGCUGAACCGGAUCGGGUUGGUGGAAACCAGUGGUCAAGAUCGGCCUGUGGAUGAUGUAAGGAUCGUCUCAGCUACUGUGGCCAACUAAAGAAAAUCUUUUUUUUUUUUAAACACACUUUUAAAAAAAAUAAAUACUUGUUAAAUAAU